CAGCAAAACUGUCAGUAAAAUGAUGCAAUAAACACGCCCUUAGCCACUGACAUGCACAUGUCAAAAUAACUACUGUCACGUGACGUCACAGCAAAGCAAAUCAAAAAAAUGCAAAUGCGCGUCAUAUUGAAACUAAUAUCGCUGGUAUGAUAAACAGGACGCCGUUAAAAUACUAUCUGCAGUUUUUUCGUUGCAGAUAUUCUGCAUUGUAGGAACAAUAUUCCUGAACUUGGAUCGCCUGACAUGGUUUCACGACCUUUUAAGUAUUAGCCUGUGCGGGUAUGUUUUAAUAUUAAUUGUUUGCGUGGCCAUAUUACUGAUCAAGAAAACACUAGACGAAACUAUGGACUACACGUUUAUGAUAAUAGGAGCGGUCCUAAAUUUUCUUGGUGGAAUUAUAGCAAUUGUUUAUUAUUCGGACAAAUACAAACGAUACCAUUACGAUAUAUCUGGAGGUAACCUAAUUGCGGUUGGAAUUUUCGCCAUCUUUGCAGCUGUUUCAAUGACUGUUGAUGUUUUGAAGAAUUAUUAUAAAUUAUUUUAGCUCUCUGUUCAAAAGACUUAAGUUAACGUAACAUAAAAUUCAAUAAAAUUUAUUCCGGAAAUAAGUUUUAUUUAGGUUUUCACUUCAGCAAAUAAAAUCUCCCGGUGCCGCCACUGUCUAACCAAACAAAUCAAAUUUUUUAUUUUGGAAGGAAGUGUUUUUAACAUUUUCGAGCAACAGACACCGUAUCUUAUCAGGUUAUCCAACAACCAAGGCACCUGUGGUUUGAAAAGUUUUAUCGUAGUACGAUAGCUACAAAUUGCGAGUGCGUGCCGUCACGAUCUUAAUUUAAGGUGGACUUAUGGCACCACAAAACAUUGUGGUAACCGGUUUUGGACCAUUCGGAGAGCAUAAAGUGAACGCGAGCUGGGAAGCCGUCAGCCUCUUACCAGAAAAAUUGGAAAAUUUUCAUCUAGUGAAGGAACAAAUACCUGUCGUAUAUAAACACGUGGAGAGUAAAAUACCCGAAUUGUGGAAUAAAUACAAUCCGAAGCUCAUAGUCCAUGUAGGCGUUUCUUCUUACACUAGCGUUGUUCAAUUAGAAUCAUGCGCCCAUAAAAGCGGGUACGAACGACGAGAUAUCGAAAACUGUUGUCCGAAAAACGGCGCUCCCUGUUGUGCGGGUGAUGAAUGCAUUAAAACAGGGAUAGAUGUUAACAAAAUUUGUGAAAGGAUAAAUAAAUUGGGCCAAUUUAGGGCGUGUAGGUCCGACGACCCAGGAAGAUACCUCUGCGAAUUUAUUUACUACACUUCCCUCAAUAUCGACAGAAAUAGGAGUUUGUUUAUACACGUUCCUCCUCUGAACAAGCCUUACACGUCGCAACAAUUGGCAGAGGUUUUGGCCGAAGUGAUUAAAUAUGCGUUAAUCCAAUUGGAAGAAAUUGACACUGCAAAAAAAACCGAAAUUAUAAAUAUAUAUAAAAAUGGAAGGGCUGCCGAAGCAUUUUGUUCCUUUUAUCAUGAUAAUGAAGUCCACGACUAAAGACAACAUUACACGAAUCGGUCGUUAUGAAGGUUUUGUUUUAUAAUAUCGUUUAGUAUAAAUUAUUUCCCAAAUAAAGUUUACAUCAUAAUUGCGCACGCAUACUUUAUACCUUCGU